AGAAAAUUUUCGCGGCGACUCUCUUUCUCUUUCUCUAACAUAGGAAGAAGAAGAAGAAGAUCUGCAAACCCUAGCUUUGAUCCAACACUAUUCGAAGAAUCAUAGCAUCUUUCUUCCAGAUUUUAAGAGAUCAAUUCCGGCGAUGUUAAGCGUUAUAAGGCGAAGGGUGGCAUAUGGAGGCUCCUCUGCUUCGAUUCUUGGGAAGUCAUUGCAUACAAUUCGGCCCACGGUGUCCACGCCUAGAAUUUGCUCUUCUGCAGGGGAAGAUAUUUUACUACAUCCAAGAGGAAUUGGUCAUGUUCAAAAUUUCUGUCACCUGAUUUUUCCUGGCCGCUCGAUGAGCUUGAGGCCAACAAGGGAAGUUGUGGCCACUCACCAACCUGAAAUUUCCAUGCAAAUUUGGAGCAGGCCAUUUUGUUCAAACAAUGGUGACCUGGUUGAUGCUGUUGUCCCAUUUAUGGGUGAAUCUAUAAGUGAUGGAACUUUAGCGAAAUUCUUGAAGAAUCCUGGUGACAGAGUUGAAGUUGAUGAGCCAAUUGCUCAAGUUGAAACAGAUAAGGUGACCAUUGACGUUGCUAGUCCAGAAGCGGGUGUUAUCCAAAAGUUCACAGCCAAGGAAGGGGAUACUGUGGAACCAGGUACCAAGAUUGCUGUCAUUUCAAAAUCUGAUGAAGGUGUGGCCCAUGUUGCUCCAUCUGAGAAGCCAUCUGAAAAAGCUGCUUCUCAGCCAUCUCCCCCUGCUGAAGAGAAAAAAGAGGAGAAGCAAAAGCCUAAAGUUGAAACUCCUCCUGUUAUAGAAAAGCCUAAGCCAACUUCUCCCUCACCUCCUAAACGCUCUGCUACUGAACCUCAGCUCCCACCUAAGGAUAGGGAAAGACGAGUUCCUAUGACAAGGCUCAGAAAGCGAGUUGCCACUCGUCUGAAAGAUUCUCAGAACACAUUUGCUUUGUUGACGACAUUCAAUGAAGUUGAUAUGACUAAUUUGAUGAAACUUCGUUCUGAUUACAAGGAUGCCUUUGUGGAAAAGCAUGGAGUCAAGCUGGGACUUAUGUCAGGAUUUGUGAAAGCUGCUGUUAGUGGGCUCCAGAAUCAGCCCAUCAUCAAUGCCGUUAUAGAUGGGGAUGAUAUCAUAUAUAGGGACUAUAUUGACAUCAGCAUAGCUGUUGGUACUCCAAAGGGCCUUGUUGUUCCAGUUAUCCGUAAUGCUGAAGGGAUGAAUUUUGCCGAUAUAGAGAAAGCAAUCAACACCCUUGCUAAGAAGGCAAAUGAUGGAUCCCUAUCAAUUGAUGAGAUGGCUGGAGGUUCAUUCACUAUAUCUAAUGGUGGUGUUUAUGGAAGCCUUUUGAGUACCCCCAUUAUCAACCCUCCUCAGUCUGCAAUCCUGGGUAUGCACUCAAUAGUGUCCCGUCCCAUGGUUAUUGGGGACGACAUAGUUCCAAGGCCAAUGAUGUACAUCGCCCUGACAUAUGACCAUAGGCUGAUUGAUGGCAGAGAGGCAGUGUUCUUUUUGAGAAGAAUCAAAGAUGUGGUGGAAGACCCACGCAGGCUGCUCCUGGAUAUAUAAAGAAAUCAGCUACUGCAUUUGAUAUAACGUUUCCAAGGUAUACUUGAAGUGAGAGAGAGAGAGAGAGAGAGAGAUUACUCGAAGCAGAAUAAAUGGCUUGAUGUUAAAGUUUUGUAGUGUUUCCAUUGUUGUUUUUGCAUAUUUAUCGAGUUCUUCAGUUGCGGCCAGCCAUGUUAAGACUUGGCACGAAUCUCGUUUUUAGAAUACAUUGUUCAUCUUUCAGUUCCCCCAGGCUAUUUAAAAAAGAAUUCGUUGAAUUUCCCAAACGAAUUCUCAGUACUGUUGCAUAACUUGUGCUUUGAUUUCAAAUGAAAGCAAUCGCUAGACUUUUGUUAUAGCAUGUGAGACUAAACGAACUACAAUCGACGUUCACUAUUUGAUGUUCUCGAUAAGUAUAUUGGUUUCCUCUUGCACUCAAUAUGAG